AUGGAAUCUGUGACCGAUGAAGAAAUCCCCAAAAUCAAUGUAUUAGAUGCUAUUCAUUAUGUUUCAAUCGCGUGGCAUGAGAUAAAACCAGAAGUUAUUAAAAACUGUUUCAACAAAGCCUAUUUUGGUAACGUCUCACAAGAAGACCCUUACGUUUUGGACUCAGACGAAUUUCGGGACUUUGAGGAGGUUUAUCCAGGCUACACAUCCAUUGACGACCAAUUGAUAACGAACGAGACCCUAGAGCUUGAAGAAAUUAUCAAUCAGGCUACAGUAAACGAUGAACCAGAUGAGCCAAAUGAUGAUGAGGAAUAUCCGUCAAUCGCUAGUACUGUACAAUCAAUAUCUACAUUGAGACAGGCACUUACUGCCUUUUUUAAUCCAAAAAAAUAA